AUGAUAAUAAGAGGCUACAACUACUCGGACCGGUUGCUGUAUACAGAGCAGCCAGUGUUAGUAGACACGUACGCUUCGCCAGUUAUAGAAAAUGACGUGGGCCUGGCGAAGAGGAUCGCGGGUCUCGAGAACUGGGCGCUUAACGUCGACACCAAACUGAGGUUCUUCGACCAAAAGCUGUCUAGACUGGACGGUUUGGACGCGCACAUAGAGAAACACUCUUUGAAAAUACUCCAGCAAAAUCUUAUUGAAACGCUGACCACUGACGACAACACCGGCGCCGUAGCUGAGAAGCUGAGGGCCCAUUUCGAUAGGUACUACACAUCCCACGCUAGAACGGAGGAGAUGAGCAGAGAGGUAGAAGAGCGGAUAGCCAGAUCUUGGAAGCCCGGCAUGUCUGAAGACUCGAUCAGGGGAAUCGUCCAGGAACACCUGUCCACGAUGGAGAGGCGGCACAUGGAACUCCUGGCGGAGAAGUUUAAGGAGCAUGUGAAAGAGAUGGAGAGAGAGCCGAGUGGUAUCAGCUUGAACACGGAGGAGAUUAAGAAGAUCGUAGCAGGAAUGCUGGACGUAUACGACGCUGAUAAGACUGGGCUAGUGGAUUACGCACUAGAGUCUGCAGGUGGCCAAGUGAUAUCGACCAAGUGCACGGAGCUGUACCAGAUCAAGACGAAGCAGUACUCGGUGCUGGGGCUGCCAGUGCUGUGGGUAUAUACCUCGCCGCGCUACGCUCUCACGCCGGGCGCCAUGCCGGCCGAGUGCUGGGCCUUCCAGGGAUUCCCCGGAUACCUGGUUAUACGAACAUACGCCGUGAUUGAAGUGACUGGUUUCUCGCUGGAGCACAUGUCGCGACUGCUGGCCGUGGACGGGAAGAUCGAGUCGGCGCCCAAAAAUUUCUCGGUCUACGGCCUGAGCGGCGAGAUGGACCCCGAGCCGCACCUGUUCGGCGACUACGCGUACGACGCGAACGGCACCUCCAUCCAGUACUUCCCGGUGAAGCACCCGAAGACGACCAACAUUGGCGGCGUGGAGUACCCCGUCGCCCACAACAUAGUGGAGCUGCGCGUCGAGAGCAACCACGGUAACCCGACGUACACGUGCGUGUACCGAUUCCGCGUCCACGGGAACCCCCUCACCGACGUGCGGCGCGCGGCGGACGACAGCAUGGCGGACAGCGAGACG